AUGGCUGAUUGUUGGGGAGUGUUGAAAGAUCUCAAGCUCACCGAGAGUUUAGGGUUGAGAAAAGUGGAAGUGAAUGUAGACUCUGAGUUGGUGCUGAGAGCAAUUCAAGGCGAGAGUCGAAACAUUCCUAGUUGUUGUGCGUUGAUUAUAGAAAUUACUAGGUUAAUUAAAAAUCAUAAACUGUUAAUAAUCUCACACACCUUUAGAGAGGCUAAUGCUUGUGUUGAUGCAUUAGCUAAAAUGGGUUCUAUGGAUAAAGAUUCUAAGAGCUACACCGAGAUUCCCGGUGCGCUGGUGUUAUUGUUGGAAGCGACAAAGCUAAUUAGUAUGAUCCGCUCGUAG